AUGCUUCUAGCGCCUGCUCUGGUGGCCGCCCCAACCUCCCUCCUCAACCCCCUGCGACGGAGUGGCAAGCCAGGGACCGGUUUCGGCAGGCUCCUGGACUACAGAUCCAAUGUGGUCGCCCUGGGCGGCCAUCGCGGCCUGGGCGCGAAUUACUGGGACAGCGCCGCCUCGCCCACCAAGCCCUCGGCCCUGCGCUUCCCCGUCCGCGAGAACACCAUCCCUUCCUUCCUGAAGUCUGUCGCCGCGGGCGCCAGCUUCAUCGAGUUUGACGUCCAGGUGACGGGCGACGGCGUGCCCGUCAUCUGGCACGACAACUACGUGAUCACGGGCACGCCUGAGGCCCCCAUCAACCGCCUGAUCGCCGACCUGACCUACGCCGAGUUCUGCGCGCUGGUGCCCACCAGCGCCGACCUGCCGCUGCAGAAGGCGGGCCAGGAGCGCCUGCCCUCGCUGGCGGAGCUCUUCGCGGCCAUGCCCCCACACGUCGCCUUCGACAUCGAGGUCAAGGUGGCCGUGCCCAGCCACCGCGCGCACACGCCCUCCCGCGAGGUCGACCGCCUGCUGGGGCCCAUCCUGGCGGGCCUGGCGCACCGCCGCCCCGACGACGCUGUCAUGUUCCUGUCCGGCGGCGGCGCGUAUCGCCACGCCGACCCGCGCCGCACCAGCUUUGCGGCCGCGGUGGCCUGGGCCGCCGCCGCCGAGCUGGCUGGCGUCAUCUUCCACGCGGGUCGCCUGCGCGCCGAGCCGGGCGCGGUGCGCGCCGCGCUGGACGCGGGCCUCCAGGUCAUGACCUACGGCCUGGACAACGUGGACGCGGAGUACGUCCAGGAACAGUACCGCGCCGGAGUGCACGGCGUCAUCGUGGACGACGUCAGCCGGCAAGAUAACAUUUGUGUGAGUAAUGCUUUUGUCUGCACCGCUGCCACGUCUGAUCCCAUCCUCAGACGUCUGGAGGAUGACUUUGCAUACUUCUCGGGAAUGGGCCAAGGGAGCAACGUGACGCUGGGAUCCAGCGACAGCGCCGACUCUGCAGCCACCCACGAUUGUGAGGCCCGAUUCCUCAACAACUUCCUGCAUCUGGCAAACCGUGCUCACUUCAGGGUCCUGAAUGUGGGGGAGCUGGAAGCAGCCUUUGCAGAUGAUUUCUUGUUCACGCUGCCAGUCACCGUGAACUAUGAUGCGAUGGACCCUGGGCUUCUCUCUCGGUACUGGGAGAGUCGGCCGGAAGCUGCCGCAGCAUCUCGCUUGCCGGAGCCUCUGAGCGACCGCGCUAUCAUCCUGCACCGUGGCGUGGAUAUGGUCACGGUAGAGGAUCAAUUCAUCCAGCAGAAGAUCGACUGCCUAAUUUCCUUCUACAUCCUCCAGCCCCUUUGGACCGCGCUCAUCUCCGUCGCCCGCGUGUUUGGCGCAGACAAGGAGCUGCAGGAGAAGGCACCUCCGGGCCUGGGCGACAGCCCCUACGUCCAGCCGGAUGCCUCAGACACUGGGAAGCAGUCCUCAUCCGGCUCUGAGAGCCCCGUCAAGUCGUCAGAGGACCUCGCGGAGUCCAGUCAGCGUGCGGGGCCCCGGCACAACUGGAUGCUGGACCGCCAGACUUUCCGAACGUGGGUGAAGCCCCGGGAGCAGGCGCUUGUGUUCCCAAACGGCAAGGCGGUGCUGAAGCAGCUCUUCAAGCCGAUUGCUCUCCAGGAGGUCUGCCUGCGAGACAUCAUCUUGCUGUAUCGCCCAGCCAUGGCCAAGGACGGGGAGGAGCCAAAGGACGUGCCUCUAUGGAAGAGAGGUGGCCAGGUGGAAGGCAUGGACAGGGAGAUGCUGAAGCAGACGAUGGUGCUGAAGCGCUUCAGGUCUGUCCCCCUGGCAGACCUGGAGAUGAUGCUGCCCGACAAGACAGUGUACAUCCCCCCCAAUCAGUACGUGUCGGUUGGCAUCACCGUCAUCUCCGGCCUGGUGGCCCUGCUGACCACCUUCCUCCAGUCUGAGUCGAUGGGCGUGAUCUUCAGCGGCAACCUGCUCAAGGCACUGGGCGGCAUCCUUCUGUCUCGAGCCGGCCAGGUGGCCAUGCAGCUGCAGGCGGAGAAGGCGUCUAUGAUGUAUGAGAAGACCCUGGCUGCACAGCAAGCCGUGCUGUCGGGCCUCACCGACGAGGUCACCCGGCAGCGCGUGCGCGAGCUGUUUGUCGCCUACUGCGUCCUUGAGCAGGCCAAGAAAGCCCUGGCCACCGAGGACUUGGCGACGGCCUACGCCGAGUACCUGAGCAAGACCUUCGACGCAAACGUGGAGAUGGAUGGCGAGCACACGCUGCGCACGCUGCGCACCUGGGGCCUGGUGAAGCAGGCGACGGACGGCGCGUGGCUCGCCAUCCCCGCUGAGCGUGCGGAGGAGGCGCUGGGCCGUGUGUGGAACGACCUGUACACCUACAAGCCGGUAGGACUGGAGGAAGGGAGUGCAUGGUGA